AUGGCAAUGAAAAGGGAAGCAUUGUCUUCGUUGCUGCUAGUGACAUUACUGACCGCCUUGCUAGCUCAAUCGAGGAUAACAAAUGCGCAGUUGCUACCGAGUCCUCCUUCCGUUCCAGGGAGCCUAUUUCCACCAGGAACUGCGCCGGAUGUGCUCAAGUGUUGGUCAUCUCUUACCGGCGUCAGCGGAUGUGUUACAGAAAUCUUUCAAUCCGUUUUCACCCUGCAAUUCGGCAGGAUUAGUGCCAAUUGUUGUAAGGCCUUCCUUGCUGUUGAGGACAGCUGUUUGCCCAAAAUGUUUCCUCUCACUCCGUUCUUCCCUCCUUUGCUCAAGAACAUUUGUGCUCUCCCAGCAAGAAUCUAG